AUGUCAACAGAUUUCCAAAUACUUGGCAUUAUAAUGUCAAUUUCCGACGAAGGGAUUGACUUCAAAACCCCUUCGCCCGGUCGCUCUGUUAAAGAGAGUGAGCUAGCUCUCUUUCCCAAUUUUGUGGUUCUAAAUGGGAGUGAGAGAUCUAUCGAUGAAUGUAAACGCCUAAUUAGUAACGCCGAAGCUCGCCGUCCUUACAACAUCCGGGACACCCUAUCCCUCAAUAACGCCAAACAGAAUAUACUUCUAUUGACUCAACCAUUGGCUGACAUCGCGAAAAAUAUCGCUGAUAAUCAGAUCCAAUGCGAACAAAGGAGAAAGUGCAUCGCCGAAUGCGAAGAUGAUUUGGACAAAUUAAAACCCGAACUUUUUAUGCCGCACAUUGAAAUUGUCGAAAAGGAGCUUGAACACAUUAAACGAGUAUGUAGACACGAGGAAUGCUGCAAAAAUGAGCUGGUUAACGGAAUUGUGGUGGUCCAGUACAAAACAGACUGCCAAUUUGUUGAGAGUAAACGCAAGAAGGGUCACAAGUUUAACCUUGGUGGAAAAGUAGAGACCGAUGCAAAAUCGGAGCAAGGUUGGAGCGUGGCUCUAAAAAAUGCAUUAUUAGGCCCACUUAAAAGUCUUUUAAGUCUUAACUACGAAUAUUACGAUGAUAAUUCGACAAUGGAGUGCGUUACAUGCGCUCACAGUAAACAACAACAUUUAAGUGUAAGCCACGAAAAGAGCUUGAUCCACAAACAGUUAAGGGACGAGGUUAUAUUACAACGAUUGACCAGCACUCAGAAUAUGGUGGAAGCAAAGGAGACUCAGUUGAGGGAACUGAAAGCCAAAAUUGAAGAGUUGGCCCAGGAGUCUGAAAUCAUAGUUAAAUGCAUGGCAAAAUUCGCGUGCAUUAUUUCGUUGAACGCGCUGCAAACUAGCAUGGAUCAUUUCCAACAUUACGUGGCACACUUAAUUGACCAGAAUACGACUAACUGGGCUGAGGAUAGUAGCCAGAUACUGGAUGCGAUGAAAAGUGUGAAUAUAAAUGAGUUUAAAAUAACGGUGGAUGAAAUUAACGACAUGAUUGACGGAUUGGGCGAAUUGAAGUGGACAGGUAGCACGAUUAAGCUACUCAAAUGCACUAAUACUAUGCACUAG